AUGUUGGCCAUGAAAGCAUUUGAGGUCAGUGCCUUCUUGGUAAGGGUCGUCAAUGUCUCCUAUUGGUUCACUGGUCCGGUCACAGCCAUCUACUGGCUCGAAGUGAUGCCCCUCUGGCUCCUGUUUACUUUGAGGCUUCCUUUCGUCUUUAACACUCAGGUGAUGAUGACAGGGUGCCUAGUAAUCAUGCUGGUACAAUGGAUUAUGACCAACAUUGUUCAAAGCUGGGCGGGUGUGUCUGAUCUGUACAUCUGGCGAGGUCAACAGAACUGGUUUGCUCUCUGGCCAUUGGUCAUUUCUUCCUUUAUUCUGGUCUCCAAGUCCAAGCUUGGAAAACCCAGUUGGAAACCUAGUUCACUCCAAACUAAGUUGGUGUUUGUUGUGAACGUCAUCGAACUAGGUCUCUUUGUCUCCGGAAUCAUCUAUUCAAUGUUCAGUCUUAGAACCAUUAUGAAUGACCACUUGCUGGACCAUAGCAACAUGUCGGCCAUGCUCCUUGGAUUGCUCCUGACGUUCUACUCUAUUAAUCUUCAGUUCCAGGUGACCUACUUCUUGUUCUCGGUGUACUUUCAUAACCUCAAGAAGUACUUUUUCCCCGCGGCUAUCCCAAAUCGGUUUGACAAAACUGAUUCUGUAGGCAGAGAGAUGUCCAUCAGCAUGAGACACUACAUGGUCUUGUUACUUCUCAUUUGGUGCUUGAUCCUUUGGUUCUAUCAAGGAAGUCAAUGGGAAUGGAGCCAGUUCUCUCAGAUCUUUACCAAGGGUGUCCCACAUAUGAGAUAA